ACCGUGACAGAUUAACUUGAGGUGGUGUAUCCAGCGUGGCUUUUAAUGGAAUGUUUAUGUGUACAUGUUAAAAUCUUUAUUGAUUUCUACCUUGUACAUUUAUAUGUUCAAAUGGAUUAGCAGGCCUGUGUUGGUCAUUUUAACAUUGUUACCUCUCUGUGGUGAUUAUACACUGUCAAUGAUAUGAAGAAUGGGGAAUAAAGCCACCUCACCAAGGAAGGAUUUUGAUGGGGGAGAAGUAAGAGGAAGAAGUAGGUCCUUCACUGGAAUAACCUCGAAAUUUCGUAAACGCAGCAAAAGUCCUCCCCGAGAACGCAGUUCCUCAUUCACAGACACCAGGCCCAAAAGAGGAAGUUUUAAAUUUACUUCUCAUAAUGGAGGAGUUUCCACUCCUAAUGGACACACGCCUGCAGGAAGCAACCCACGAUCUAGUCCUACCAAAAGUAUCUCUAUCAAGUCUGGCAAUAGAUCUCAGGAAGAGGAAAAUGACUCCUCUCGGCUACUGUCCACUUCUUGUCCAACUCGCUCUCGACAUUUCCCUCCCCUUCUGGACCCCAGCUUGCCCAAUGAGAGUAAGCAGAAGGAUACCCUGGGUCGAGACACUAUACGCAGAUCUCUGACUCGCAAAGACAGCGAAUCCCCAAGACUCGGUCCAAAACAGAUGAGACAGAUCUCGAGGGACCUGUAUGCUGAUAAGUUGGCAGACAUCUCAAAGCGACGAGGACUGGCCGUCCAGAACCGAGACUUAUCCAUGUCUCAGUCUAGUCUAGGUCUCAUGUCCUGUAAGUCGCAGUCUCUCCAUAGCCUGGGUAAUGUUGGUUUGGAGGAGGAGGAAGAAAAUAAAAGUCCUGUGUAUGGCAAGAUAGUGCUUAGACAAAAUAGACCAAGACACCUACAUAUGAACAGAUACAGUGGUGAUUUUGAUCUCAGAGUAAGGACUAGUGAUUUUAAUAGUAAGCAUAGUGCUGUAAUGAGAAAUGAAAGUCCCUCCCAACCACAACGCAGGGUAUCCCAGCCUGUCACGUCAUCAUCAGACUCAAAGGUGCAGAAGAAUACUCAGAGGUCCCCAGAGGAGGUGGUGCAGGCCCGCCGAAUGUUGGUCUAUCGAGCUCUGAAAACAGAUGGUGAAGAACUUGGCCAUACUGGCCCAGAUCGUAAGUGUAUACCUAUUCUAGCUGACAGACGGUCAAACAAAUCUGCUUCCUCACUACACAGAUCUCCCUCACCUAAAAAUAGCUUAACUCACUCAUCACUAUCACAUAGCAACAUCGCUUUGUCUCCAGGCAACCAUUUUGUGUCACAUAGCAACAGGUCAUCAAGUCAUUCAUCAGUUAGUAAUAGUGCUUUGUAUCCAUGUAACCGUCCUGCAUCACCUAGCAACAGAUCAUCUGCAAUUAACGAACUUUCAGAACUUUUGAUUAACAGCAAAGAUUGCACUGAUUCAUGGACUAUGGAAAAUGUAAUAUCUAAAACACCAGAAAAAAGUUCUGUUCAUGUGACACCGCCUAAGGUCACGCCAAACAAACGAGCACUGCCAAAUAUUGAUGAGUAUAAAAUUCUUAGUUCAGCUGUGCCCUCUAGUAGGGAACUAUGGGGAUCCUAUGAAAGUUUGACAAUGAAAUCUAGGAAAAAUAUGGAUAUUUCUGAGGAGACUGGUUUAAGGGAACGCAGUCACAGUGUAUCUUUAAAUUCAAGACAUGAUUACACAAACGUGCACAUAUCUCCAUUGGAUAUGGAGGAAGCAGGAUUUCGUAGUCGGAGUAGUAGUUGGAGUGUGGCGAGGGAUCGUAUAAGGUCCCCCAGUACUAUGGCCAGUCAUACACAGGUGCCCCCUGUGAAUCGAUUGUGGAGUUAUAGUGUGACCUCAUUGUCUGACAUGGGAUUAGACCCAGUUACACCUUCCCAAUAUAGAUACAUUGAAACAAAGCAUGAGGACUACUGUGACGUUGACAUUUUGCGUGACCUGACUAUGGAUGAACCAGUCUCGGACUGCUGUCCUCUGUGUCACAUGCCCUUUGACAAAGGGAAGAAGCGCCGGCUGAUUGACACCUGCGGACACGCCAAAUGUUACAGCUGCAUGUUUACCUAUGAUACCUGUCGAAUCUGUGAAAACAAUCCAACAGGGGCAGGUCAUCACAUCAGACAGAGCAGUGAUAUUUCUCCAUACAGUCAUCGCCCCAGGAUGAAGACCAAUGGACACUUCACCCCUCAGAUGAGGACCGAGAUUUCCACCCAAACCACGCCCUCCAAAUCUACCCCCACUUCAUUGUCCCUAUCAAACGUGUAUCAGGCUGGAAAACAGAUACCUGAGCCACAAGUUCCUGCAUCCAAACCAAGAUUCUUCCAACCUAUAUCCCUGUCUCCAACCGGCCCCAACCCACCACCAUCUGUACCUUCAUCACAGAAGAGUUACAGUGAUUCUAGAAACUUCCUGUCAGAUUCAGCAGCCAUUGGUCCCUCAGACUCCAGUGCAGACCCUAGUCUAACGCCUUACGAUGACCUUGAUGAGUUGUCAAGGUUAGAUAGGGAAGGACCUGCCCUGGAUUUAAAUGAUCAUCUAGAACCCCCUCCUCCCUCACCAGAUGUAGCACAGAAUGACCUCAUGGUCAGACUGGGUCUGUUACUCUCAGAUAAAGGUCGGGCCACCAAUGAACCAGGUCAGAUGUCACCUAUGUUGCCUCGUAAAGGUCCCCAGGGACAUCAUGUGACAGAGGAAACAUUUACCAGCGUGUCCUCUCUAGGCAGUAACGAGGCGACCCCAGAGAGGAGAAUCUCCACCCCAGACAGGGGGAUCUCUGACACCAGCCCGCUGUCAACUCUCACUGCUUCCUCGGGCAGUGAGAGGGGUCACUAUGCCGGGAUAAGGAUGGGGACUGAAUCUCUGUUUACAAGCAGGGAUCCCAGUGCAGAGAGUAUGCACUCAUUCAUGUCCACUAGUACCGGGAACAGUAUGAGCCCCCACACCACAACACAACGGCCUCACUCCAUCACAACCUCAACACCAGGACAGAUAGAGGAUUUGUUUAGUAAGAGAGGUAACUUCCGCCGGUCCUCGGCUCGCGCUACAAUAGGUCACUCCAGUGAACGUCGAAUCAACAUUACACCAAUCAAACCACCACAGAUCAGGCUCAGAGCCAUGCCUUUUGAGAUCCCCCAUAACGAGGGGAAAGCUUUGUUUGUGGGGAGGGAAUGGCUGUUUAAGGACAUAGAAAUGGCCCUGAACAGUGAGCCCACCACAGACAGGGUGAGAGGUGUGGUCUUGACAGGGGGUAUAGGUGCAGGAAAAACAGCCAUUAUAGAACAGCUAGUGGACUGUAGUGUGUUUACUGAUGGCAGGAGUGGACUUGUAGAAGGAAGUGAACACAAAAUAAACCGAGAUAAAAUGGUGUACAAUGGUCUGACAAAUUACAGUCCGAAAUCUACCCUGACUCAUGGCCUUAGUGCCUCCUCCUCAGACCUUACGUACGACUGUCUCAGAAGUCUUGGGUCCCAGGUGGUGGCCUUCCACUUCUGUCAGGCAGACAACAACAUCACCUGUCUGGUGCCGGAGUUUGUCCACAGUCUGGCGGCGCGGCUAACACAGGCACCACAACUCUCUGCCUACCACGAGCUGCUACUACAAGAUCCACAGCUCCAACACAUACUCAGUCUGAAGGAGUGUGUACAGAACCCAUCCAGUGCUUUCAUUAAAGGAAUCCUUGAUCCUCUAGAGUUGUUAAAAGAGAAUGGCAAAAUAACCUCAGACAGUUGUUUGAUUGUGAUAGACUCAUUGAAUGAGGCCGAGUUUCAUAAGCCUGAUUAUGGAGACACUAUAGCCUCGUUCUUAUGUCGACAUGUAGACCAGUUCCCUCCGUGGCUGAAGUUAGUUUUAACUGUGCAUUCUUCAUUGGUAGAUAUCACCAAAGACCUUUGUUUUACCACUGUUUGUAUUGACCGCGACCAAACCAAUGACCUUAUAGGCAAAGACCUUAUAGAUUAUGUGAACCAUAGGAUAGAAACCAGCCCCAGUAUUGUGAACAAUAUUUCUCUGAAUGGUAAAUUAGACCAGUCUACACAAGUCAAGUUCUGUCAUCAUCUACAGACACUGAGCAAGGGCUCCUUCCUGUUCUGUAAGAUGACCCUUGACCUGAUAGAGCGAGGACACCUGGUGCUUAAAAGUUCAAACUAUAGGAUUUUACCCAUGAACAUCUCGGAAGUGUUCCUAUUACAUUUCAACUUGAAAUUCCAAAGUGUGAGAUCCUUUGAGAAAGUUUCUCCCAUUUUGGCUGUGUGUUUGUCCACUCUGUACCCCAUGAACUUGGAGGAGAUUUAUGACACAAUAAACUCGGGUUACACCGAGCACUUCCUGCCCUGGGAGGAGUUCACCCAGAGAAUGAGCAUGCUCCAGGGAUUCUUAUUUCUCCGUAAAGACUCCACCUACAUGUUUUUCCACCCUGCCUUCAGGGAGUGGCUAAUUCGUCGUGACGAAGUGGAUAAUCCGAAAUUUCUCUGUGAUCUUCGACAUGGCCAUGCUCUGGUAUCUUUCAAGUUGUCUAGGAUUAUGGCACCACUCAAUGCAGACAAGACGAUAGAGCUAGGGCACCACAUUUUGAAGGCCCACAUCUACAAAACGGUCAGUAAGCAGCGUGGCUACUCCUCGCGGGACAUGCAGGCCUAUUGGAUGGCUCUCAGUUCCGAGAGUCUCAAUGCUGCCCUGGCGUCACAUCGGAACCUCUUCUCUCCAAAUGUCAAGGUGAGUAGGUUGAUCCUGCUGUCUGGGGCUAACCCUAACACCCGGACCCCCUACCAGAACAACUCCCCUAUCUUGUGUGUGGCAGCUAAGGAGGGCUUCACAGACAUGGUCGCCCUCCUCCUGGAAUUCAGCGCCAGUGUGGACGCCGUGUCAGACAGCGGUAUGUCAGCGCUGUGUUACGCCGCCAGCGCUGGACACGCGGAAAUCCUACGGAUGCUGUGUCAGAGGAAUGCAAGGCUGUCUCAUGUGGAUAAGAAUGGUCAGUGUCCGGCGGUCCAUGCUGCCAUGCACGGUCACCUGGACGCCCUUAUCUAUCUCCUGCAAUGUGAUUGGUCAGAGUACGACGGUCAGCUGACUAAAGUGGAAGCCAUGCAGCAAGCUAUGGUGGCAUCAGCAGCCACUGGACACACCAAUAUAAUUGACUUCCUGCUACAUAACUACUCUGCUACUGCUGAUGGAUUUGGAAUUAACUACUGUGAUACUUUACUCGGUGAAACAGCCUUGACUGCAGCCUGUGGACAUGGCCACAAAGACGUGGUUUUGUUCCUCAUAGAUCAGGGGGCGAGUCUUCAUCAGCCAAACAACAAAACUCUGACCCCCCUUCUGUGUGCUGUGGACGCCGGUCACUGGGAUGUGGCUGACCUACUUCUAGGAAUGGGAUCCUCCUUAGAACAGACAGACAAACAUGGUAGAACACCUCUGAUGAUUGCAGCCUACAAAGGUCAUAUUGGUGUGCUGGAGAUGCUGCUAGCUAGAGGGAGUUCCUUACAUCAGGUGGAUAAGGAGGGACUGACUGCCCUCUGCUGGGCCUGUCUGAAGGGGCACCAUCAUAUUAUACAGACCCUCCUAGACAAGGGAGCUAACCUUCAUCAUGUGGACAGAAGGGGGAGAACUCCUCUCCAACUAGCAGCAUUCCAUGGAGAUGCACAAGUAGUACAAGCUCUGAUAGAGAGAGGAGGACAAAUAGAGCAUGCUGACCAGAAUGGAAUGCGAGCGCUGGACCGAGCCAUCGACAGGAGGAACACUGCGGUGGUGGUGUGCUUUCUGAAGAAGGGGGCUAAGCUGGGUCAGACCACGUGGGCGGUGGCAGCAGGGAAACCUGACGUUCUGUUACUGCUGCUGAAUAAACUGAUGGAGGACGGCAAUGUAUUGUAUAAGAAAAAUCGUAUCCGGGAGGCUGCACAGAGAUAUCAGUAUGCCCUAAAGAAAUUCCCUGAGGACAAAAUAGUGGAGGACUCACGCACCUUCAAAGAUCUGAAGCUGAAUCUGCUGCUUAACCUCUCCAGAUGUAAACGCAAACUCAAUGAAUGUCAGUCAGCCAUAGAACUGGCCACACAGGCACUGCAGAUCAAAAGUAAAUGUUUUGAGGCUUACUACGCUAGAGCUCGAGCCAAGAGAGAUGACAGACAGUUUUCAUCUGCAGUGGAGGAUCUAAAGGAGGCGUUGAAGUUAGCUCCAAAUAAUCGCGAGCUUCAGAGACUGCUCACAAGAGUACGAGAUGAGUGUACUGAGCAGGCUCGUUAUGAGAACACUCAUGGAAGUCGAUCCAGCCUAGAUCAGGGCGAGAGGCGAGCGGAGGAAACCGCUCUAUAGCAGGUCAUCACUGGGAGGUCAACUAUUUGUCAGGACAAACAACAUUCAUUUGAGUCAAGAAAUAAUACUGGAAUUGUAGCUUUAAACUAUUUUAAUUUGAAUAUGUGGCAAACAAGUCAAUUUAUCAUUUGUUAAUAUAAGCCUUUUUGAUUUUAUGAGUAUAGGGAUGUUUAAAAAUUAUGUUAGAUCUCAGUUUUAUGAACACAAAAGGUAGAUUUGUGCUAAUGUUUUAGUUUGUGGCAGAUUGGUGCUAGAGGCAGAGCAUAAGGUGGUCUGAUUGUAACUGGCCUGUCUUCAUUGUGGAGUGCUGAUUUGUUCUAACAUUUUAAUGUGCUUUUGUUAAAAAUAUGUUUUUGUUGUGUAAGAAAGAAAUGGCAUCAGUUUGUUUAAAUAUGGGCUUUUUUAUCCUUAAACUUCUUUUUCAACAUUUUCUUGUGUACAUGUAAUACUUUCAUUGAAUGAUGGAUGAAAGUUUUUGCAGAGUUUUGAGAUGAAUUAGAGAGCUUUCAAAGGAGACAAUUCUUUGUGUAUGGUUGUAAUGGUCAAGAAAGAGUUCCAGGGUUCAACUAGAAGGAAACAUUCCAUAGGUUUCCAUGGUCGUUUAUUUUCAUUAUUGAAUUCACUUAAAUUCAUUGAUGUUAUGAAUAUUUAAACAAAAGUGUAAAUACUGUAUAUAUUUGGAGUGCUGUAAUGAACACAUUGUAGCAUUUAUUAUUUAAGUCUCUUUUUUUAUCAUUUCUUUGCCAUGAACAAGUGCAAUUAAUUAUAGUAAAUGUCAACAAAAUUGUUGUCAUUUUUUUUAUCAAUAAUAAAACAAAGAAAUCCU